UCCAUAUUGCUAGAAACCAUAAACCAAAAAAUGGGUCUGAUCACUCUUUUCAUUCUUUUUCUCACAAUUUCUCACGUCUCCUUAUUACAAAUUAACUCAGUCAUUGCAGUUAGCCCAAGUGGGUUUAGUUUGAAGAUCAUCCAUAGUGACUCUAAAGAAUCACCUCUGUACCCAGGUGAUCAUUUAACACCAGAAGAAAGGUUACAAAGACUCGUCCAACAAUCAAAAGAUCGAGCACGUUACGUUGGAAUACAAGUAUCAAGUGAUUCAAGUUCCAACGAAACCACAAACCCGAUAAACCCCAAUUCUACAAGCAUACCUGUGUCUUACGAAGGUGUAGGAGCAUUUUAUGUUGCAGAGAUAGGAAUAGGUACUUUUCCUUUGUCUCUACAACCUUACGAGGAAAACUACUUAAUUGUUGAUACUGGCAGCGAGAUUAUAUGGACUCAAUGCGACGGUGCUCGAAAUAAUUCUCGAUAUUUCCAUCAAGACAAACCCUUAUAUCCAGCAGGAAAUUCAAGAACCUAUCAACCUCUUCUUUGUCAGGAUCAUCACCCUCUUUGCUUCCCAGGAGGAUGUGAGGCAGGCCGAUGUACUUACUUAGCAUCUUACCCGUCGACGGCAUGGUCGAGGGGUGUUUUGGCUAAAGAAAAAUUCACUGUAAAUAAAGAUCAAAAUGAAACUUUUGAUAUUAUCAUGGGUUGUGGCUUUUGGCAAAAUGGUUUCGAAGAAUUUCUCGGUUCUGGUUCUCUAAGAGGAAAACCUGAUCUUGUUACUGGAGUACUCGGUCUGGGAUCGGGGCCUAGGUCCCUUACAAGUCAAUUACAAAUAAGCACCUUUUCCCACUGUCUGAAGCCAUAUAGUUCUGGUGAGGCUCUAACAGUUCCAAGCACGUAUUUAAGGUUUGGUUCAAACGCGACAAUCGGAGGUGAAUCGCAACAUGUAUCCAAGACUCCCUUUGUUGCUCCUCCUACUGGCCGCGGUCCAUAUUUCUUGAAUUUAGAGGGUAUUAGCAUAAAUGGGAUUAGAGUCCCCUUACUUGAAAAAAAGGAUUUCGAAUAUGACCGGCGUACUGGAAAAGGAGGUUUUUUCAUAGAUUCAGGGACUCCAUUUUCCGUUAUGUACCAACCACAUUUUGAUAAAGUUUCGGAAAGGGUUAUUGCAUAUUUUCAUGAUUUGGGUAUUAAUUAUGAUGAAGGAUUAGGUCGUGGUAAUUUUAAGACUUGUUUUGCAAAACCUAACAGGCAUUUCGCGUAUCCACCUAUGACACUUCACUUUGAAGACGCGGAUUUUCUACUCGACAAACCGGAGACUGUCUUUUCUAUCACUCUUGUUGAUUUUUGUUUAGGUAUUAUUCCAUCCGAGGCGAAUGUAAACCUUUUCGGAGCAAUGCAGCAAGCUGGCAAAACGAUGUUGUAUGAUACUUCUGAACUGACACUGUCAUUUGCUGCGGAGGAUUGCUAAUCGGGUUCUUAAAGAGACAAUUACCAGCACUAAUCCAGCUGCUAGCUAUUUUUUUAUUCGUAAUAACUGAAAUAUUAUAAGUGUUCACCAUCAUUUCAUUUGGAAAUUAAUAAAAUAUACAUAAU